GCCUCCACUUUCUUUUCGUUCACAACAACUUCUACAAAACAGUCUUCACAUCUCUACGUUAAAAACAACAACAACACUCUCCAUGCUGGUCCGCUGCCUUCUUCCAAUGGACCUCGACAUCGGCCCUGGAACAAGAAAGUCGUCAACGCUGUGCUCCUUGCUGCUGCUCGUCAUCGCAACAUUCCUCGUGGUUGAAGUACCCGGACAGUCCAACAAUGACGGAAGCGUCGGAGUCGCCAAUCACAAAUUGAUUGGCAAGGAGGUUAGGCUCGUCGACUACACCAUCGAGGCUAACGAGGCAAACUUCAACUCCGAUGAGUACAGAAAGCGCUUCCCGAAUGCAUGUGAUGUUAAGAUCGACAGCAAAACCAUGUAUGUUGCUUUUUUCUUUGUAAAAAUUUUUAAAGGCAAAAUUAUUCCUUAUUUCAGUGAAGUUCGGUACGACUACAACAGCACGGGAUGCAAUGUGGACUUGCUCAGCAAGAACAAAGGCUACAACAAUAAGAUCAAGUUCACAGCUGGAGUGAGGAACAAAAGAAUGGGGCUCAAAUGUCUUGAUGUUGGUGGCAGUGUACAGCAUAGCUUUAACAAUAUUAUGCCGUUCGUCUACAGCCAAAACAAUGAGGUCAUCCAAGAGCUCAGAAAGGGUUCAACGAAGUUCAACGGAAAUCCCAACGGAGGAUGCAAAAGUGGAUGCGGAGGAAAGUGCUUGCAGUGGACGCCUCUCGAAAUCUCAUGGAGCAAAAAAGGUGCUGAUGUUUAUGCUUACACACGUUUAGUUGGCGAUGCUGAGCCGGGCAUAAAGCAGUCUAGAAGGCUUAUAAAAGAUGAAUAUAUACUCGUUUUCAACAUGACGUUAAAGAGCGCAAGUGAAUUCACGAUGGAGUUUGACGGACCGAAGACAUUCAAUAAUCAUGUGGAUAUUGCUUGCGUUUUAGGGGGCAAGCCCAUUGCUGAACCGAAAACAUGGACCAUCACAGACAAGGAUCUGAAAGGCGAAUAUCUCGUCUUCAGCCUGCUUCCAUUGAAUGCGUCUGUUGUAUUUGAUGGUGAAAACCUCGCGGGUAAACCACCACCCGGGCCGCAUUGUGAUCUCUUCAUCCAAUUUAACAUACUACGAGCUGCUGUUUGUCUCUCCUCCGCCACAGACAACGACGACAACUACACCGACACCAAACAUCUGUCCGACUGA